AUGUUUACAUCUGCAUUUUCAUUUAAUUUAAAUAAUCCCGUAGAGGAAAAUUUAUCAACAAUAUUAAGAUUAGAUAGUCAAAAGCCAUAACUUGCCUGUGUAUCCAUAGGCGGCAAAUUAUUUAUAUCAAACAACGAACAAGUCGAGUUUUUAAAUUUAAACAAAAGUAUAAAAUCUUUAGCUACAUCAAAAUACGACCCAGACUCUAAUUCCGAAUAAAUAAUAUUCGCAUCCCAAAACACCCUCGUAUGUUACGAUGUACUAAAAAAUAGUGAAAAUUUUUACAAAGAAAUUGAAGAUGGAAUAAAUGUGAUUGCCUUUACACCCGAAAUGUCUGGAAUAAAAGGUCCUGUAACCAUUAUAGGAGGCAACUGUAGUAUAUAAGGUUUUAAUUCUUAAGGUGAUGAAAUAUAUUGGAACGUAACUAGUGAUUUGGUUACCUGUAUUGGAUUCACAGAUAUUGACGGCGAUUAAUCCUUAGAAUUAAUGGUCGGAAGUGCGGAUAACUAUAUAAGAAUUUUCUAAGGAGAAAGCAUUCUUUACGAAAUCCAAGAAGCUAGUAAGCCUCUUAUAUUAUCCAGAAUGACUAAAUAGAAGUUUGCUUUUGGAUUAGAAAACGGAAUGGUGGGCGUUUAUUAGAAAAAAUAAAGAAAAUGGAGAGCUAAAUCUCAAUAUAAACCCAUUGGCGUUCUUUUAGGAGAUUUUGGAAGCGAAAGAUAAGGAUAUAAACCUAUUAUUAUCGGAAGGUAGAAUGGUUAAAUUGAAAUAAGACAUGAUGCUACUGGUGAAAUUUUACAUAAAGUCAUGUUAAGUAGUCCUUUAGCAAAAAUUUUUAGAGAUGAUUUUAGAUAAGAUGGGAGUAAGUAGAUUGCUUGUAUUUAAUGUGAUGGGUAGGUUUAAGGAUAUAUUAUUAAUAUUAAAAAAGAAAAUUUUAAUGAAAAUGCAACAUUAACAUGGUUAUUUAGAAGAAUUAAAAAAAAGAAACAAAAUUUAGUUGAAAAAAUUAAUAAUUUAUAAAAUUAAGUUGAUAUGAAAAAAACAGACGGAAUUUCGCCUUAAGAAUAAUUAAAUUUAAUAAAUUCUUUCAAAAUAAACCCAAAAACAAAAAACGUUGAAUUAUGUAUAAAAUGUAAAAAUCUUUAUAUCAAAAACGCUAUUUUAUUUUGCGAAAAGUUAUUUGUAGACUCCGAAACAUUAUUUUAUUGUCCAAAGAAUGUCAAAAACACUUUAAAUAUUCCACUUCCAAUAUAGAAAAACAUUUCUGAAAAAAUAACUGUUAAAUGUAUGCUAAGUAAUACAAUAUCAAGCUAAUAUUAUUAAGUAUUUACUUUCACAAGCUAAUUACCUAAAUUUAGUAGAUAUUUAUUUAUUAAUACAUUCGAAGAAGCUAAUUUAUAAGCACCAAUAUCAUAAGUCAAUAUGAUAAUAAAUGAAAGAAUUUCAAGAUUUGUUAAAUGGAUUAGUUAAAGUUUUAUUGUUAAUUAAGAAAUUAUUGAUAAAUUGGAAUAAAAUUAGACUUAAUUAGUUGCCAGGUUUGUUAAUAUUUAAAAUAGGGAAACAUUGCAAAUUAGUAUUGAUUAAAAUAAUGCUCAUGUUUAAAUUUUUUCUGAUGAUAUUGAAGUUGCAGGGGAUGUAAUAUAAGAUAUGUGUUAAUAUAAUAAUAUUACAGAGUUAGAAAGUUAAGGCUAAUUUCCUUAAGAAAUGGAAAAAUUCAAAUAAAUUUUAGAUUAAGUUAAAUAAUAUUCAGAGGCUAAAAUGAAUAUUACAGCUGAUAUUGCUGAUUCUAUAUAAUAAGUCAAAACCUUUAUUGUAAAAGCAGAAGAUUCUAGAAUUUGUGGAGAUAUGAAAUUUAUGAAAAAAUAUUAUUCUGAUGUAAUGGUUUAAAAUAAUAAUUUAAUGACAGAACUUAUUAAAAGGAAAAAAAAUAAUAACAUUUUAAUGUCAUCUUUAAAAGAAAUUAAUUCCAUGAUAAAUAAAGCAUCUAAUAUACGCUUAGGAAAUGCUAAAACUAGGGUUACUACUCUAUGUAGAAAUGCUAUUAAAAAUAAAGACUUUUUCUCUUUAUUAAGAAUUAUAGAAGGUGGAUAAGAGUAUUGAUUUUUUAU